GGGGAACGGCUACCGCGCGACUCGCGUCGCUUGCACUCCGAGCUCAGUUUCUCACCCGCGCUCGUUGUGAACGCACGCGCGCUCUACUCAGUGAACGAAACGUGUAUCCAAUUUAAACUUGUGACAAAACUUAGUACACGGACGUGAGUCUUAAGUGGAUCUCAGUGCAGUGUCAGUGACGUUCCAUUAUGAAUGUGUGCUUUAUGUGCUGAAACUAAUUAUCGUGAGUUUCUGGAAACUUAAGCCGAUGGUCCUCUUGAAUAGUAACAUGAAAAUAAAUGGUUCGAGAUAAUUAGAGUUCAGAAUGACCAUAGACAGAGCUGGAAGACCGCCUGCGCCGCGGCGGGCCUCCUCAACCUACAGAAGCUACGAUGAACUCGGGAUCAUCGACAGAGGAAGACCGCUUCGGUACCGCCACGGUGGCAUAGAAGACCUCACAGGCUUGGAGUCCAGAACCUACAGAACAUACAACGCACAGGACUUCGACGACAUCACUGUAAUCAGCUCCGAAGAGGUCCCAAAACCUAAAAAGAAAACUAUGGAAGGUUUCGCAAACGGUUUCAGAAGAACGUUUUCCGUGCGAAGCAGAAGAGAGGAACCUGAAGGGAUUCCAAUGGACACAUUUAGUACUCAUGAGGAUAAUUUUGCAACAGUCAGAGGAGCGCCUUUCGGAAGGCGUCGCUCCUUGUCUCGUGAUAGAGGAAGCUCUUUACUUGCCAGGAGUUCUUCGGAAGGGGAUGUCAGGCCAGUGCCUGCUCGGGCGCCAGCGCCGGCGCCCCGUCUCCACCGCUGUCUUCGCGCUCUGGGCGGUAGCUGGAAGAAUCUUUUACUACUGGGCGGAAUGUCCCGCGGCGGCGCCGCCGCCGGCAAGACGGCCACGGCGAAGCGCGUCCCGCCGCCCGCCGUGCCCGGCGACGCGUUCAGCCCGCAGCACCGACAUUCAGGAUCCUCGUUCGGCUCGCAGGGCUACGCGUCGUGCGAGGAGCAGCCCUACCCGCAGCCGCCUGACACGCCGUCCCACACACGAGAUGACCACUCCGACUACGGUAGCACCGUGUCCGGGGUCUCCGGCGUCUCGGGCGCCAGUGGGAGCCUGGGCAAGAGCCCCGCAGGCGGGGGCACGUUCACGUUCCCGCCGCCGUCGCAGCCCCUCACGCAUAAGGCGGCGGUGUACUACCACCAUCAGCUCGCGCUCAGCGACGACCAGGGGAUUGACAUGACGCAGAGCCCAGGCCGCGACAGCCCCGGUUCUUCAUCAGGCUCGGCCGGCUCCGGAUCCAGGCACUCUUCAGCAUCACUGGACAGCGGACGCGCGUCAGGCCGCAUGCCACACCACCACCACGCGGCUUGCCACUGUGGAGACACUGCUGACCGGGUUAGGGCUAUGAUCGCUCAGGGGCUACCUGACCCUGACAUUAUCCACGCAUGGCUAGCAGACCUCCAGAUGGAAGAAUACGCGCGCCUCUUCAUCGAAGCCGGCUACGACCUGCCCACGGUGACACGGAUGACCCCUGAGGACCUCACGGCGGUGGGCAUCAAGAAGCCUAAUCAUAGGAAGCGGUUAAAGGCAGAGCUCGCUAAUCUGAAUGUGCCGGACAACCUUCCUGAUUAUAUACCGGGCUCUUUAGAAGAAUGGCUGCGACUGCUAAGGCUGGAGGAGUACGGGCCAGCGCUCGUAGCGCAGGGGUAUCGUACCGUCCAUGACGUCACACAACUUGCUUGGGAGGAUCUAGAAGACAUGGGUAUAGUUCGUCUCGGACACCAAAAGAAAAUCCUCCUGGCCAUCAAAAGAGUAAAAGAUAUUAGAGCGGGAAAAAGAAGCAUCAGCACCCAAGGGUCCCUGGACUUCACUAGAAUACAACCCGGACAGGAUUUAUAUCCGAGGGAGCUGCAUUACCAGCCUUGGCAGACACAUGAGAGGAGUUACCAUAAACCUCCCGAUCUUACCUUUGACGCCCUACCGACGCCCCUAUGUGGCACUGAUUUGGUCCCCAUUCAGAUCCGUCAUCCGCGCGGCAAAUCUCUAGAAAGCCUCGAAGAUCCAUCGGAGCGGUCUUCCCACACGACCUUCUCGCCGGAGGGCUUCUACUACGGCGCGGGGCAAUGGCGCCGCUCCUACGACGACGGCGACAUCACUCCCACUAACGACAGCUACGAGGGCGGCGGCACUCUGCCGCGCCCGAGAGGACUCGUCCGUCCGCGGCCCGUCGCUAAGAUCGCAGCCACACCGGCGUACAGAGAAAAAUCCCCCGACUACACUUACGACGAGAUCGCGUACUCCGCGCGGUUACAGCGCGUAGCGUACGGCGCGAGUCCGCACGUGGCCCGGAAACCUCCCCCCGACCCGCCGAAACGCCAGUCCUCCCAGUACGCUCCUUUCUCCCGCUUCGGGCAGACGACGGUGGAGAUUCAUCCGGAGAAGAGCCUGCCGCUGAGCCUGCCGGCGUACCCGAGCUCGGACUCGCUGUCGGUGUCGCUGGACAGCACGGGGCUGCUGCCGCCGCCGCCCGCGCCCGCCAGCCCGCCGCGCCGCUACGACGACGACAAGAUCCGGACCGGCUCCGAUGCUAGCUUUAAGUCAAGUUCGAGUACAGAAUCGGAUAGCAUUCCAUUCGCGAACGAGAACGCGGGAACGAUAAAGCAGAACCGCGGCCAAAUCGCCGGCCGGCCGCACACGGUCGAUUACGGCCGAACGGGCAUCGGGCUCGCCAACCUCCCGCCGCGAAACCCUGACAUCAAGCCUACCACCCCACACACCCUCCCAGAAAAAGACGAGGGAAAAAGCACAGAGCCCGUAGACGUACUCAAUGAUAUUGGUAACAUGCUGGCCAACCUCACGGACGAACUAGACGCGAUGCUGGAAGAAGAGAAACGUCAAGGUCUCACCGACUCGUAAAAAAACGCGGAAUAGAGAUGUGUCUAGAAACCGGUAAAUUGUUUAUGCAUUUACUAAAAUUAAAAAAUUCUUUAGUGGGUUUCUAGAUUUUCUUUAUUCGAAACAUUUUUAUAAAGUAUGAAUUGAAUUUUGAUGAAAAAUCGAAUUGAUUUUAAAUUUAAUUCCAAAGACAUUUCCUAUCAUGGUUUAUGAAAUAAAUUGGGAUUAUUAGUAUGUUAUCAAAUUCUGACCAUUUUGGACCUUAAAAAAAUAGAUAGUUUACAUCGGCAAUAAUAUAAGCAAUCAUGUUAUGUAUCAUUUGAAACAAAUACGAAAAUUUAUAUCUCCACAAAAUCGCAUCUUGCCAAUAGGUACCUAUAUAAGUAUAAUUGUGUAAACAAAUAAAUCACACCUGCCUGUAUUGCAAUACAAAUAAUACUUUUAUAUAUAAAUAUGAUGUGUUACAAACUGUAAUCUAUUCCGUUAUAGAAUAUGAUCUAUAACACUGCGAAGUAGUUGAUCAAAAUAGAUUACUCAUAUUAACUUUCUUUAAGGCUUGUUUGCCGAAGCAUCUUUGUGUAAAUAAAACUUAUAAAAGUGAUUAGUUUCCUCUCUUAAUUUUUAUUUAAAAUUGUGUGUUUAUAUUGUUCUUUAUUAUGUAUUUAAAUUUAUUAACGAUAGUUCCUUGUUUAACAUUUAAAAAUACAUAUAUGUGUUUCGUUUCAUUAAAAAUUAGAUAUAGACGAAUCCAAAAACAGAUGAAAGUGUCUAUUUUUGUAAAUAUUGUUUUACUUAAAUUAUGACAUAAUAGAUACAAAUAUUAUCCAGUAGCUAGAUUUCCAUGUACAAUAAAAUUGUAGAGUACUUGGGUAUGAUGUAGGAUUUAUUAGUUAGAAUUUAUACAAAAUAUUAGCACUAGUUAUAGAGUGACAUUAGGGGUUAUUAUUAUGACAAAAUGUAUCAUAGACAUUCGUAUAAAAUAGCGAUAGACCUCAUAGUAAUUGUAUAACACAACCUCUGUAUACAUGGACAUGCUCAUUCGCUUCACACUUCCAAGUUUUUUUUUUAUUUAAACCUUUGGCUUUGGCAACACAGUAUCAGCUUUCGAUCUGGCAAUCAAGCUCUACUGUUAAAAGAACUCCUAAACAUGUUUCUUACGUUUGUAUACAAAAUUAAAAUACUACCAAAAAAAAUACGAUCUCCUGUACUUUGUAACUUUUCCAUGUCCACAUAGAACGUGAUAUCUAGCGGCCAUACAAUAAAAUAUAUAGGUAAUCGAAGGUAGUAUUCACAACAAUAGUGAUGUGACAAUGGCACCGGUUUAUCGGUUUUUGUGACAGUUGUCGCAUCACUGUAGCUGUCGAUAUAGUUAUGUUUAACACUGCCUUACCUAUUAGAUACUCGUGAUACUAACAUCUUGUACGUAAACAAAAUAACUUUCAUACUAAAACGUAGCGCAAUAUGAAGUACGCAUUAAGCUUAACUCUGUAAAUAUCUGUAAUAGAAAUCAGUGUUUCUACAUUUAUAAUUCAGUCUUCUUUAAUAACAGCUCGUAUUUAGAAGUUUUGUAUACCUGCCUAUGAUAAGAUAGAAAUGUAACCCUUGUUUAGCCGUCACACUAUUUCUUAUGUGGCCAGAUAAUAAGAAAUCUUGGAAAACUUUAACUAAUAACAUAUUUGAUGAUAGAAUGGAACCUCGAUUGUCUAAACUACUAUACUUGAUUAUCUGAACCAACUCCAUGUGAUCUUUUUUUGACAUCUGUAUGUUGCUAUCCAGAAGCGUACAUUUGGUUGGCAUAGAUAAUUGGUAUUCUACAUUCUGUACCUUAUUAUAAGUACUCGUAUUUUGUCUCUGGGCAUUACACGAUGUAGUUUCGCUACUGAAAGUUUCAUUGUUAAAUCAUUGCAAACACAAAAAUGCAAGACGAAAUGUUUGGUUCUUCUUUCAUAUUUUGAUGUAAGUUUUUAAAAGUUCCCAACUGUGGUCCAAACUGAACUCGAAUAUCCUCGUCCACGUGUAUAUGAUUUGAAUUUCGUGGCAAGUUAUUUUUAUAAAUGGGAAAAAAACUCAAACACAGCCAAAAAAACCUUGAUAUUCAAACUUAAUUAGUAGGUACUGGACUAGGUGCGUUUACGGUACCUUUUACUCCAUCAUUUUAUUCUUCAUUCUUUGGGAAAGUCAUUAUAUAUAGUGCGACAUAAAAUAGUAGAAAUAAAAUAAAAUAGAACUAAAAAUUUACAAUUGGCGAGAGGUCGCACAGGACCGAGAAAAGUGGCGGUGUCUUGUGUCCGAGGCCAAGUCUCAUUUUGGGUCGCUGAGUCAACGGAGUAAAUAAGUACUUAAGUAAAAAAUUACAUACUAAAUUGUCACCAUGUAAGCAUUUUACGUCAUUAAUGUGACAGUUAGGGGUCAUCGAUUAAUUACGUCACACGUUUUGGGGCGGGAGGGGGUCAAGAAAAUGUCACAUGUUGUGACAUGGGGGAGGGGGGAAUCACAAAAAUUGUGACGUCAUUUUACGUACUCAUCACUAUUCAUCAGAAAUCGAAAAUUUAUUAAUAUUUUUUUAUUCGCUGUACAUUUAAAUAAUGAGGUUUUGGAAGUAGGUAAUUUUCGUUCCUAAUUGGUUUUGUGUUAUAAAAUUACUAAUAUUUCUUUUACCAAAAAUUUUUUUUUAAUAAAAAAAUAAUGCCUAGUUAGUACCUAUUGCAGAUUUCGUUGAAAAUAAAAUUGCCUAAAAUGUGACGUCACUCCAGGUGAGGAGGGAUUUGCAAAAUGUGACCAAGUGUGACAAGGAGGGGAGGGGUCAAAAAACCUAGAAAUUCAUGUGACGUAAUUAAUGGAUGAUCCCUUACGUAGGAAGUGGCGCCCUCAAUAAUGUUCUACAAUUUCUUGUCGGACUACCAUUUAUUUCAUCUUUUUUUUGUCGUUCUUUGGGAAUAAUAGCAUGACUAUUAUAGUUACAAACUUUCAGUAGCUAAGCUAUAUUUUAUUCAAUAACUGGAAGGUGCUAGACCUGUUACAGGAGUAUUUUAAUUUUCGCAAAUUACUAUCAACACGUUCUGCGUCGAACUAGUCAAAAUUAUCGAGUGACGGCAACUGAAAGCCAUGUUCUAAUGAAGCAGCUUACAUUCUUAUUUAUAGUUGAGUUCUUAUUUGAAUAAAUAUAUUUGUAAUAUUCUAUAA